AUGAAUAAUACUAAUCUCAUAAUAGUGUCUUUGAUGAUCUCCCUCCUCCUCCUCAUGAGCGUAAGCAUGAGUCUUGGCCAAAACAGUAAUAGUAAUAUUACGGUGAUCACCCUAAUUCACAGGGACUCCCCUUUAUCCCCUCUCUACGACCCUUCCCUCUCAUCCACUCAACGUCUAGCCAACGCGUUCCAAAGAUCCCUUGAUCGGGCCACUUAUCUGACCGCCCAGGCAAACGGCCAGCUACUGCCGGUCCCAAUCGUGAACAGCCAAGGCGACUAUUUCUUCAACUUCUCAAUUGGCUCAUUCUCUACCGCAGGCUUGAUCGACACCGGAAGUGACCUCAUCUGGACCCCAUGCAGAGCUGUCUUAAAUCCCCCUUCUUCGAACCCCAUCCCGUGCCGCAGUACACGCUGCAACAUACUGCCAGCCACCACCUGCUCUAGGACUAAACCAGUAAACAGAUGCCACUUCGACAUGACAUAUAGGAGCGGGAGUUCGGCCGCGGGCAACCUCUUUGAGGGCACCUUCACGUUGGGCGGCAUCCACCGAAAUAACAUCGUUUUCGGAUGCGAUUAUACGGGCUAUGACAUUGGCGUCGUUGGCCUCGGGGGCGGCCAAGCGUCGCUCGUGCAACAGCUGGGCCAGGGGAAAUUCUCCUACUGUCUCUCCUCAGUGUGGGACAACAAUUAUAAAAAAACGAGCAAGAUGAGUUUUGGCACCUCCGUCAUGGGCGGCGUGUCGGUACCUCUGCUGCCAAGGCCCAGAACCCCGACCUUCAACAUGGUGGAGCUCCAAGGGAUCAGCAUCGGGAGGGCCAAGUGGAAUGUGCCACCGGUCGACAUGAUCGUGGAUACAGGAACCACCGUGACAAAUCUUCCGGAAUAUCUCUACAACAACCUAAGGCAAACCGUGGUGAACUGGGCACGGCUGACGCCAGUGCGGCCCCCACGUGGGGUACCCCUAGAUUUGUGCUUCAACAAAAACAAGGACUUCAACACUUUUCCAGUUGUCAAAGUCUACAUAGGCAGGGAGGGGAAAUACAUAAAUUUGGACUACAAAAAUCUUGUGGCAAGGGUACUUCCUCAGAUGUGGUGCCUUACAGUUAUCUCGACAAAGGGACAACCUAUUUACGGCAACGCGGCACAGACCGAUUUUUGGGUUGCGGUCGAUCAUGCUCAAAAGACUAUGACCUUUCAGAAAACCACAUGUGGCUAG